AUGACAGUGCCACACAAUUACGACCUCACUGGCGCACUCUUGGGCACAGAAGUACCAUUGAAUAGUCCUGUUAUCACGUGGAAGGACGGCCACACGACAAUCCUCCCAGCCGUUUACGAUGACAAGCAGAAAAAUCUUUGUGAAGCUGUGGACAUACCAAUCAUCCAGUAUCUGGCCAAAUGUCCAGAAUCUACACCUUGCUCGCAAUACAUGACACAUAUAUCAAAUGCUGAUGUUCCACAACAUAUACUGGAGGACGUGGUCAGCUCAGCGCUUAGUCAAAAUAAACCAGUUGUCAUUAGAGGGAUUGGGCAACAUCCUGUUGAGGAAGAGUUGACGGCGGAUUUCCUCGACAAACAAUACACGAUAUCGCCCCAUAGAGUCGUAUGGAUACACGACGCCAAGUCCCAGGCAAUAGAUCAUAUGAAUGUCACGACAGCAGGUGUCCUGAAAUCGUUUUGUGAAUCUAUGAAAAAUCCAGACAAAAUACAAUGCGUGUUGGAUAUCUCUCUCGCUCAGACAUCACUCCCAGAUCAAUUGAGGAUGGAAGUUGGCAUGAAGUUCUGGGUGGUCUUCCGACCCAUCGAUCGACAUGACGAUCGUAAGCAUCUACAGGAAAUUGCGAUCAAGCUAGGAGAUUUCACAGAAAAUGAAGUUUGGAUCCAAGCAAACUGUCACGCCGAGGUCAUAACUAUCAUGCCUGGAGACACGUUGAUAAUUCCUCCAGGUCAAUUGCAUGCUGUAUAUACACCGGUUGCCUCUUUCGCCACAGGGGGACAUUUCUAUCAUCUUGAGUACAUGCACCUCACCGAAAUCUCUCGAUACCUCAAUGUUGUUGUUGGAGACUGUUUGACAAAUCAGGGAAAGCAAUACCGUGCUAAGGGAGGACAUAAAUCUGCUGUGGCAGAUACGGAAACAGCAGCACUCAGUGCACAGAUAUCGACUGCUAUCGCGUCCCAUCUCAGAGUCACAAAGCGCAAGUCAGCCUCUAUGCUACUAUACAAAGGCGAUCAGUUUGAGAGAGGGGAGCUUGUUGUCAGGGAAAAGCUAGAUAAGUGCAUUCAAACCACUGCUCUGCGUCUUUUGGCAUCAGCAGUGCCUUCAAAGGAGAUGGAUAACGAAGCAUCCGGCGUGGAAGGGGAAGCGAAGUGGCUUGCAGCAAUGUUCUUAAUGCAUGCUUGGUCUUUCUUGGAGAUGUACUCAAAGAUGGACCUUGGUGCAGGUGGGAUGGGUGUUAUUUUGUAUCAGUACACUCUUCCUAAGUGGACGAUGGUUAUGCCUGUCCUGCCUCCUCUUUCCGUCCAAGUUUCUAUUGUCGUCUCAUCGACAGCUUUCAGCAUCAAGUGUUACGCAGCCGUCAUGAAGGGUAUUUGUUUUAUGAUCACAGAAGGAUCUGUAACACCUACUAGAGCCCCAGCUCUCCCUACACCUGCCCCCGCUCUGCUAGACUCCCCGCGCGGCGGUGCGCUGCCUGCGCCUAGAAAGACAGCGGUCUGGACCGCUAUGACCCCGCCCCUGGCCUAG